AUGGAAACCGCAGGAAUAGCCACAAUCCCUCUAGGAGUCGGGUAUCUUGAUGGAAAUGGUCGAGAAAAGGAUGGCCCAGGAUCUCAGCCAGCGGUCACUGCACAAGCCACUAGUCAACCGCGCCGGAAGAGAGGCCGUCAGAAGAAUACAGCUAACCCGGAGACAGCUGCUGAGAGACGCCGUACGCAAAUUCGUCUCGCCCAGCGCGCGUACCGUGCCCGGCAAGAAGCAACUUUAUCCCAGCUCAAGGCGCAGAUCGGUCAACUGGAAGAUGCGGUCGAGAAUCUCAGCCAAAUAUUUCUCAGGUUUAGUGACACCCUGAUGCAAUCUGGGGUGUUAAAGACGUUCCCUGAAGUAACACACUCUCUCCAAGAGGCAACUAAGAGUUUUGUGCUAUUAGCAAAUAAAGCAACUGAACCGCCAGAGAUGGAGACCAGCAGGGAAACUUUCGACAAGCCAGAAAAUUCCGGACCGGAGCUGAGGUCAACUUUAUUAGGGUCGGUUUCCACCGCAUGCACAAACUCGAUACCUAGAGACACAAUCGGUAUGGAGGCUAUGGGCGCGCUGAAUGUUGACAGCAGCCCUUCACGCCUGACUUCGGAGCCCAAUGAUGCAUCAGUUUUAUUCCCCGCGGGGUUUGAUGAGCUUCCUACUCAUCCACCAACACCUGUAGAGGCUCCUACGCCGCCGGCGGAAAUACCCUAUAUUAGGUCACCAUCUUUAUAUGGUCCUCGCAGCCCUUUUUUUUCCGAGCGACUCCACUGGGUGUGCGUCCAGCGUGCCCUUCACUACCUGAAGGAUUUCACAGUGCCCGAUUCAAAGUUCUCCUACACGUUUGGGUUUCUCAUGACGAUGAUGAGCCGCGAACAAUUAAUAGGCUAUUUUAGCACUCUUGUAGAUCGAUCGGGGUCUCCUGACGUCUUCGAGGAAUGGAGCAUUCCAACGUUCAGCCUCGGUGGCGCAGGCUCUCAUUACCCGCGCAAGCUGCUUCCAGCGACAAGUCCAAUCCAGUUGAAGACAUAUCUAAAUCAAGCUCGAUGUGAAGAUAACGACGAGGUAUGGUUUGAUACGGAGGACGUAGAGGGUUUCCUCGAGGCCAAUGGGGUUAUUUUGUGGAACAGGAAUUCUAGCGAACAAGUAACUGCACUGGGUGCAAGCCAAACCCCCCACCAAAACAUGCUGAGUGCGGACUUACAGUCUCCUACAUUAAUCGUUGAUGAACAUAAAUUGGCUAGAUGGUUAAGCCGGAAUGCUGUCUGUCUGGGCCGUGUGGUUGGGUUCCGCAGACGCGACGUGGAGAGCUUUAUAUUGAAGUUUGCCUGGCCUCUUUGCUAG